AUGCCGUUCUUAUCUGAGACUGCCAGCGCGAUUAAGAGCAGGUUCGGUUUCCAGGACCACUCCUCCGAAUCACUUCCGCUGGUUCAGAGCACUCCGGAUCUUCUGAAAUCUGCCGUCAAGGACCUCGCGCAAAGCUCCAUAGUUCGAAACCUAAGCGAUUGGGAUGACGAGAAUGUAGUUGGACCGAGUAGCGCCGCCGUCUGCUCGUCUCAGAGCUUUGAAUUCUGUGAGGAUCCUUCCUUCUGGAAAGAUCACAAUGUGCAGGUUAUAAUUAGAAUGCGUCCUCUCAGCAACUCUGAAAUAUCGGUUCAAGGGCAGGGAAAGUGUGUUAGGCAAGAGAGUUGUCAAACAAUUACAUGGACUGGACAUCCUGAGUCGCGGUUUACUUUUGAUGCCGUCGCUGAUGAGAACGUUAGCCAGGAGAAACUCUUCAAAGUAGCUGGUUUGCCAAUGGUAGAAAAUUGCAUGGGAGGCUACAACAGCUGCAUGUUUGCUUAUGGUCAGGCUUUUGUAAAAGAAGUUGUAUGUUUUAUCUGGACUUUUUCUUCUUAUUUGGAUUAUGAGAAUGAAAUACACGUGCGGUCACUAAAAGUAAUUGGUUUUGCUCAGACUGGAAGUGGGAAGACACACACCAUGCUUGGUGACAUUGAAGGGGGAACUAGAAGACACAGUGUCAACUGCGGGAUGACACCAAGAAUUUUUGAGCACUUAUUUUCUAGGAUUCAAAAGGAAAAAGAGGCUCGGAGAGAUGAAAAGUUAAAAUUUAAAUGCAAAUGUUCUUUCUUGGAGAUAUACAAUGAACAGAUCCUUGAUCUUUUGGACCCAUCAUCUAACAAUUUGCAGAUAAGAGAAGACAGUAAGAAAGGAGUUUAUGUAGAAAAUCUUAAGGAAAUAGAAGUAACUUAUGCUCGAGAAGUUAUUCAACUACUUAUUCAGGGAGCUGCGAACAGAAAGGUAGCUGCCACUAACAUGAAUCGGGCAAGCAGCCGUUCCCAUAGUGUAUUUACUUGCAUCAUUGAGAGUCAGUGGGAAUCUCAAGGAGUGACUCACUUUCGGUAUGCUCGACUCAAUUUAGUUGAUUUGGCUGGAUCUGAGAGGCAGAAGAGUUCUGGUGCUGAAGGCGAACGCCUUAAGGAAGCUACUAAUAUCAACAAAUCUCUUUCAACCUUGGGGCUUGUGAUUAUGAAUCUAGUAAGCAUAUCUAAUGGGAAGUCGCUCCAUGUGCCAUACCGUGAUUCAAAGCUAACAUUUUUACUUCAGGAUUCUCUUGGAGGGAAUUCAAAAACAAUCAUAAUUGCAAAUAUAAGCCCCUCUAUUUGUUGUUCACUCGAGACAUUAAGCACAUUGAAGUUCGCACAACGUGCCAAAUUUAUUAAGAACAAUGCAAUUGUAAAUGAGGAUGCGUCUGGAGAUGUCAUUGCCAUGAGAAUUCAAAUUCAGCAACUUAAGAAAGAAGUAUCCCGUUUGCGUGGUCUAGUUGCUGGAGGAGAAAUUCAAGAUAAUGACAAUUCAGUAAUCAGCUUUCCAGGUUCUCCUGGAUCCUUCAAGUGGGAGGGUGUGCCAGGAUCAUUCAGUCCGUUAACAACAUCUGUUAAAAGGAUAUCCCAGAAAAAAGACUAUGACAUUGCCCUUGUUGGCGCCUUUAGAAGGGAAAAAGACAAAGAGAUGAAAUUACAAGCAUUAAGAGAUGAAAUUCAAGCGUCCAUGAAGCUGGUGAAACAAAGAGAAGAUGAGAUACAAAGCUUGAAGAUGAGAUUACGUUUUCGAGAAGCUGGAAUAAAAAGGUUGGAAGCAGUUACUUCUGAGAAGAUCUCAGCUGAGACACACUUGUUGAAAGAAAAAGAGGAGAAUUUGAAGGAAAUUGAGGUCUUGCGAGCGCAGGUUGACCGGAAUAAUGAAGUAACUAGGUUUGCUAUGGAAAAUUUGCAGCUAAAAGAAGAAAUUAGAAGGCAUGUCUUAUUGAUACAGCAAAAGUUGAAGUCAUUUUGUAUGGAAGGAGAACGAGAACAGAUGAGUGAACAAAUCAUGGUAUUGGAAAACAAGUUGUUGGAAGCACUAGAUUGGAAAUUCAUGCAUGAAUCCGAUUUGGUAAUGGUUCAGAAAGCAAAUUCUGAUCCGAUGAUGGAAGAUGUCCAUAAUGAUGGUAAUCUCAUCUCCAAACUGGUAGUAGGCAGUGGUAGACAAUAUGGAACGAGGAUUUUACUUAACAUUCUUCGUUUCUUUCAUCGCGAGUCAAGUCCGAAAUCGCGUUGGCAGUCUUCCCUUAGGGAGGAAAAUGAGUUUCUUCGGAUUCAGGCUAUACAAAACCAGGCAGAAGCGGAUACAAUUUGCAAAAAGCUAGAGGCUUGCCUUGAAGAGAAAGAAAAACUAAAAAGUCAUGUCGAUGAUUUGACGGAAAAAUUAGAACAAGAGAAAUCCCGAACAGUUAAUGAAGGAAAGCAGCAAAUGGACCUUCAAUCAACAACCGAUAUACCUGUCAUUAGUAGCAAUGACCAACUGGAAUUGAAGGCAAUGGUUGAUGCAAUAGCUGCUGCUAGUCAAAGAGAAGCAGAGGCUCAUGAGACAGCAAUUAUGUUGGCAAAGGAGAAUGAUGAACUAAAGAUGAAGCUUAAAACCUUGAUUGAGGAUAAUAGUAAACUGAUUGAAUUGUAUGAGCAAGCUGCUGCUGAGAAUAUUAAUAGAAAUGUUCAUAAAGGGGAGGAUACUCAAGAAAUUGCUUCCCAGAUUGACAAUGGUAGCUUUUCUCUUGAAAUAACAAAAGAGACUGAGUUGAACGGCGUGGUUGAGAAUCUCCAGCACCAGUUAAUGGAAAUGAAUGAAGAAAAUGAAAAGCUGAUGAAUUUGUAUGAAAGAGCCAUGCAGGAAAGGGAUGAUCUAAAAAGAACUCUUUCAUGUAUUGGACAUGAAAGAGUUGAAACUAAGAGAGACGUGGACUGCCCAGAAAAGCUUGUUGAAGUUGAUGGUGGGGAAAGAGACUCGAGAGUAGAUAUUUCGCAGGAGGUGCGGGAUGGAAGUGAAAAUAAAUAUGAACCCACUUCGUCUGGAUCUGAUAUGGACGUUGAGUGUGAUGCACAUGAACAAGAAAAGCUUUUGAAGGGUGACAGCGAGGCUGAUGUACUGAUCAACUCUGAGAAGAAAUAUGAGGUAUCAGAUCUUAGUGAAGCAAAGUUAUCAGAGGAAUUAAGUUGUGCUACAAAGAAUCUCGAAAGAGUUGAUGAACAUAUAUCAGAUGCGGUCAAGGCUAUAGCUUCACUUGGUUGUGCUGAAAAAGCAACGGUCCAAGUUGAUGAGCUCUCGAGAGAAAUUGAGGUUACAGAGCAUGAUAUUCACAUCAAGCGUCAGCAGCUCGAAUCUUUGAAGCUUAUGCUCUCUGAAGCCCAUGAAAGAAAAAGAAUUGUUGAUAAAAAGUUUUCUGCGCUCAAAUAUUCAUUAUCAAACUUUACCUCGACAUUUUCUUACUUUGUGCAACGGGAAACACGGGCCAGAGCAGUUGUGAAGGACUUGACAUCUCAUCUUGACCAAAAGAAACGGAAACUGUCUGAUCUUCAAGCUUCCAAACAGGGACUGGAGAAUGCUAAAGAAAAGAACCAAGAAUCGGAAGUUGAAUUGACGAAAAAUAUUACACGCAUCAAAUUGAAAUUGGAGGAAGAGAAUCGCAAGCACGAAGGUGAAAAGGUUCUAUUUGCCGUUGAAAACAGACAGAAUAUAGAUUGCUCGCUCAAAAAUUUGCAAUUUAGUUGUAAAGCCACCGAUUUACUCAAGUUGGAGGAAGAGAAAACAAAAUUGCAAGCAGAGAUUAAGCUUUCUCAAGAGAAACUCGGGGUCAUAAAAAAGGAACUAGGAAAUCUAAACAAGAAGGGAGCAAAUAUAGAGAGCCAGAUAGAGGCUGUUCAACAGGAAAUAAAGCAAUGCUUGAGGAACACACAGGAGAAAGAACUUGCACUUGAACGUGUGAUAAAAGAGAAAGAGAUGCUCUUCGAGUUUAGAGAUAAUGGUAUGUCUGAAAUAGAGCAUAUGAUUAUUGAACUCCAGCAAAAUGUGUUUGACUAUGACCUAAAGGAGGGUGAAAUGAAGAUUCUAGGAGAAGAAUUGCAGAUGGAUUUGAUAAGAGCCGAAGAGUUACAGACAGCUAGGGUCACAGCUGCCAAGAACAAAAACAGUUUUCUUUCUUCCAUUUCUUAUUCAGGCAUGUUGGAGAAGUUGGAGGAGGAGAUGCAAAAUCUGCGAACACUUAUUCAGGAAACAAAAUUGUUGCUGGAAGGCAUUUCCCAUGCCACCUGA